AUGCCACCCGAAGGAAGCACGAGGGCUGGGAUACUGCCAGGUUGCCCAAACCUAGACAGGGGAAGUCGAGAGGCGGAGGUCGGAUUCGAACCACGGACCUCCCGGUCAGUAAAUUCGCGCUCUAACCACUUGAGCCAUCUCGCCCAUCUCUCAGUGAAUGACCUGCUUGACCUUUGUCAAGCAGGUACAAUAUUCACGAAUUUACUGACCGGAGGGUCCGUGGUUCGAACCCGACCUCUGCCUCUCGACUUCCCCUGUCUAGGCUUGGGCAACCUGGCAGUAUCCCAGCCCUCGUGCUUCCUUCACGUGGCAUGGCAGUUAGGCACCAGAAGGAGACUGGACCUUACCGUAAUUUGGCAGUUUGUGUACCUCGGCGACCCAUUGAGCUAUACUGGGGGGAGGGGGGUCCGCGUGACACUCACAGUCUCUCAUACCAGUAUUCCGUCAGCUAUGGUGUACAUAGUUGCCGAAUUCUCGAGGAUGUUGGACUUGGGACGCACAUUCCUGCAGAACGGAUAUCCUGAAAGGUUCGUACUCAGGCAUAUGGAAUCUCCGUUAAGCUCAAACCUACACAAUCCUUAUCAUGAGCUUCUGCUUGAAGGACAAAUUGCCAAGCUCUACCACCAGAUUUUGUGUGUACUCGUCUGCAUGCUUGCGCCGAGCAUCAUACGUUGGUCGGGCAUAAUGCGGGCUCACAAUCCCGUAUCUCUGAGUGAUCGUUGGAAGGAACCAGGCUCAAGUGCGAUUGCAUUACAUUUGGCCCGAAACCAAUCAUGUCAUCGACAAAGAGCAAGCCUUCACUAUCGUACACCGGGUACCUCUGAACCGAUCACGACUGGUACGAUCCAGACUGCUGGAUCCACAACUUUGCGUCCAAAAGAAACUUACGCGACCUCUGGACUUGAACUGGCCUGCGAAAAAUCCGGUCCCACAAGCCUGUUUGACAUUGACUACUUCAGUGUAGGAAAUACGAUACUUCCACUGAUAUGUAAAAAUCGUUCAGCUGUAGCACCCUUUCGGUGCCUAGCUGCCAUGCCACACGAAGGAGGCACGGGGGCUGGGAUACUGCCAAGUUGCCCAAGCCUAGACAGGGGAAGUCGAGAGGCAGAGGUCGGGUUCGAACCACGGACCUUCCGGUCAGUAAAUUCGCGCUCUAACCACUUGAGCCAUCUCGCUCCCGCACGAAAGGUGAGAUACUGCCAGGAGCCCGGUGGGAGCAGCCGAGAUGCAGAGGUGGGGUACCUUCCGGUCAGAGGACAAGUGUCGCUGAGUCCCACGUCAGUGUACUCGCAACCCGGUCGAGUCGCGGAAAACGGUGUGCUCGGUAACCGGUUGAGAGGAUAUUGCAAACCGUUCUCGGCUGGUUGUGAAUGUCAUGCUGAAAGGGCGGAAGAUAAGCACGUAGAUGGCGCCAUCAGAGGGAUAGUAGAUACUGUAACACCCUUUCGGUCCCUAGCUACCAUGCCAUCCGAAGGAAGCAUGAAAGCUGGGAUACUGUCAGAUUGUCCUAGUCUAGACAGUAGAAGUCGAGAUGCAGAGAUUGGGUUCGAACCACGCACCUUCCGGUCAGUAAGUUAG